CGACACAACCUGCGGUUAGUAUGAGAGAGGACCCCUAAAUCUUUGCGAUAAGGCGUUUCUGGAUACAUCUAGAAUGUGAGAAACUCAAGUCCACGUCGAGCUUUCGAGAACCCUCUGUUUUUCUGUUUUCAUUGCUUCCUUGCGGCCCCAUAUUUCUCUCGUUUCUGUUUCACUUCCUUAUAUCUCACAAAUCCUUAUCCCUCCACUGCCCUGCAAAUCAAUUUUGAAAAUUUCACCCCCCCUUCCCUUUAUAUAUUACAAUUUCUCUCUGCUAACCUGUGAAUCUUAUUUCUGGCUUUGGUAGAGUUGUAAGCAUUUCAUUUGUUGACGGUACAUUAUAGAAUAUGACUCAGGCUUUAUCCUCAAGUUUCGGAGUUCAUCUUCGCUCGCCAUAUGGCUCAUCAUCGUCAUUAUCUUCUUCUUCACCGAGGUCCUCUUUCAGUUUUACACGGUCCUUCAUGCCUGUCAAGGUUGUGGCCACUGGAGAUAUCAAAGACAAACUUAGCCAUCUUCAAAGACCACACAAGGACCCUUCCCACCCUAGAACAAGAGUCGCUCCACCCGGAGGGCUGUGGGACCGAUUUCCUACGGCAAAGACUGUGCAGGAUAUGAUGGAGACAAUGGAGAGGAUGAUGGAGGACCCAUUCGCUCUUAGCAGUGGGGAGUGGCCGAAUGCGGCGAGCGGCAGCAGUGGCGGUCAUCGCAGGGGAAGGACACCGUGGGAGAUAAAAGAGGGAGAGAAAGAAUACAAGAUGAGAUUUGACAUGCCUGGGAUGACCAAAGAGGAUGUGAAGGUGUGGGUGGAAGAAAAUAUGCUUGUGGUGAAGGCUGAGAAAGAAAGAAAGAAGAAUGUUGAUGAAGAAGAAGAAGAUGGCGGAGAAGUUUGGUCUGCUAAGAGCUAUGGAAGGUCUCAACUGGAUUUGACCGAAGGAUCAGGAGAUAGUAAUGAUGUGAGAAAUAUUAGUGGAGGAGCUCUCCCAAAAAUUGGGCAGAUCAACUUGAACAAUGCAUACAGUGGUGGUACUAAUUCAAGGAGCAAUAGAAAGAGAGGUGAAAGUGGUCAAAAUAAGAAGGAAAAAUGUCUUGCAACUGUGAUGGUUGAUUCAGUAAGUCACUUGGUAUCCACACAAGAGGAUAGGGUUUCAACACUGAAGUCAAUUCUUAAUUCCAUAAAGGGUGGGACAAAACCAGUUGAUCAAAAUGUGGUGGAUGUUGCAAAGGAACUUUAUGGAAUCGAGGAGAUUGCUUAUGAUGAGGUACUUCUUGGACAGUGUGCUGUGACUUUGUUAGAUAAGACUAUAAGGACAUGUAUAUUAGGCUUGGAGACAACAGAAGAGCAUUAAUGGCCUAUUUGAAGUGCUUGGGCAAAAAAACAGAUUAGAUCAAUCCUAGCUUACCUUCUUAAUGUUUUAAAUUUAGCUAGUGCUGUUUAUGUUGUUAACUUAGUUUUAAAACUGACUGUGUUAUUUGACACUUGUGUUAUGUGUUUCUUAUGUUAAGUCAUGGAUAAUAGUGUAAUGGUUGUUUAAUUAUGCUAUGUAGUUUUUAUGAA